CAGAUUUUCAUUUUUAAUUUACAUUGACUUUCCAUUUUUUUAUUUACUUCUUCUACCCUUUUUUCCAUUUAAUAAUCAAUCAUUAACUAAGUUCGUCCCCCAAUAUGAUACCUUUCUUAGCCUUUAUUCAACCUUAAAGGUCGGGGUUCACCACUGACUUUUGUCCUAGUGUCUUGUCCUUAGUCCAUUAUGGAAGUCAUGGUCCACUACCAUUGGCCUUUGACUUUAAUUCUACCCAAAUUGGACUUCCUACAUUAUCCAUUUCAUAUUUACUUACUCCUUCCUUUUGUCUUUUGAUAAUCUUUAAUCAACUAAUUUCAUUAUUCCCUAAUUUAUAGAUCUUAUUUGAAAGAUGACAGAACCAGUUCCAUCAUCUAGCAAACUGGGAAAGAAACCAAAAUGGUAUUUCGCGGACGAUGAGCUUGCGAGGCUUCCAUCUAGAAUGUCAAUGGAUUCGGCUGCUGAACUCAAAUAUAGAAGAGAGGCUGCAGAGUUCAUUCAGGAGAUGGCUGAGCGGUUGAACCACAACAUUCCGCAACACAGAGGACAAAUCAAUCAGAAUUGCAUCUGCAUUGCAAUGAUCCACAUGCACAGAUUCUUCACCGUUCAUGCAUUUGCCUUCUUCAAUAUGUACAAAGAGGUUGCAGCAGCGUGUCUCUUUUUGGCCAGCAAAAGCGAAGAAUGCCCCAGGAAGCUUGAGCACGUGGUGGAAGUUUGGUUCAGGUUGAAGUUCAGGAAAGCAGAAGUGCAGCCGCCUUUUAACGAAGCAGCGAGAAAGAACGGCGCGCAACUACUAGUCUACCUGGAGGGCAUUCUGCUGCAGACGAUUGGCUUUGAGCUUCAUGUUGACCUUCCUCAUCCUAUUAUUAUUAUAAAUAUGAAGAAAUUCAAACAAGAAAGCCAAAAAUUGACCGAGUGUGCUUAUUGGUUCGCAACAGAUAUCAUUCAACUGACAAAUUGGUGCAUUCGCUUCAAUGAGAGGACAAUUGCUUGUGUUUGCAUUUAUUUGGCUUGUAGCUGGGCAGAUUAUGAGAUCCCUCAGACCGAUGACUGCCCUUGGUUCAACUCUAUAGACCCAGACAUGACUGUUGAACUUUUAAAUAAAUUAACUGAUGAAUUUACACGUGUCUACAAAGAAUGCAAAGACUGCCAUGCCCGAAGAUUUAUUCAAAAAUCGAAGAAUGGACCAAUAAUGGCUAAAUCUAUAGCACAAUUGCCUCCACCUCCUUCACCACCGGUGCUUCAAAUUAAAAAAGAAAACGGGAUAAAUAAUACAACAACAACACAUAAAUCACAGUCAUCAACAACAGCAGCAACAUCAUCAGCAGCAGCAACAACAACAAAAAAUCAUUCAAUUAAAUCUUCGCCUAUUUGUUAGAUCAAGAGAAAUUUAUACAAUUACACACAAACAUGCCUCAUCUAGAAAAUUUACUUUGGAAUUUAAUUGAUGAUGAUGAAAAAGGAGCUUUGUUUGUUGGAAAUGUUGUUGGAUGGCCAUGGUUUUUUUUAAUUUAAAAAUGUUGUCUU